UCCCUGACUGUUACUAGUCUACCAUGGUCCCUAUCUAGACCAGCACGCUAGACUACUCAUCCGAUACUUCCUACCCUCGUGCACUUCGACCCGAAAAUCCUCUCAUGAUGGCUUCAACAUCCGCAGAUCAAAUCCGACCCGAAGGCAACCACUCUCUUUCCACGCCUGUUCGAUUCCUCAUACUAUCUGACACACAUGGGGCUAAGUUACCAGAAAAUCUGCCACCAUGCGAUGUGCUGCUUCAUUGCGGCGACUUGACCGAAGACGGCACCCCAGAAAGCAUCUCUCUAGCCCUCCAACAUCUAGGCAAGGUUAAAGCUAACCUGAAACUUGUCAUUAGUGGCAAUCACGAAAUAUCGCUGGACAAGUCCUACUGGCUGUCCCAGGGCGGAGAAGAAGCUGAUGCAGAACGAGCGCUCGGAAUGGUGAGCCCGAAGGCAAGCUCAGAGGCGAGCGAGAAUGGCAUCACGUUCUUAUGGGAAGGUACAUAUACCUUCACGCUAGCAUGCGGCGCGACUUUCAGGAUAUACGCAUCACCAUACACUCCUGUCUACGGCACAUCGGCAUUCCAGUAUCAUUCUAAGGAAGACCGAUUCAACUCUGCAGGCACCCCGUCGUGGGCUCAGAACGUUGGUACCGAGACCUCGACCAUUCCCAACAACGUUGACAUCGUCAUGACCCACGGCCCAGCGAGAUACAUACUUGACGAGAUUGACGGUCAUAGUGCGGGGUGUGAACAUUUGCGACGCGCUAUCGCGAGGGUGCAACCACGAUUGCAUUGCUUUGGGCACAUUCACUCGCCGCGUCGCGGCUUCUACGAAGCGCAUGUGCUGAGGCACGAAGGACAAACGGUGCUGGAAGGCGAUCCCAUUGGAUCGAUAUCGAAAGUAUGGAUGGGAGAGAAUUCAUGUCGUAAGAAAGGAUUCAGAAGCUUGACUCCGGGCGCCGCUCAAGAAUUUCGAGAGAAUAAGCAGCAGACUCUGUGCGUCAACGCAGCAAUGGAGGGUGAUGAGCCAGGCGUGCUUGAACACCCACCUUGGCUGGUCGAGUUGGAUUUGCCCGUGCAGACACUGUAGAGAUGGCAUGGCACGGUGGGAUAU